AUGGAGGAUACACUGUCAAUAUUGCUGCCUAAUUUGCCUAAUGAUGUCGCUAUUGACAUAUUGUCUAGACUCCCUGUCAAGAUCCUCGUUCGAUUUUCUUGCGCCUGUAAGGUUUGGCAGAAACUUAUAACGUCAGACCGCGGAUUUAUUCGAUCACAGCUACAAAAUUCAGUGAAAAAUCUCUGUGGCUGCAAGAAUUUACUCCUAAGCGGUAGUGAGAGGCUUGGUUACUGCUCUACCGGUACCUGCCAAGAAAAUCAAGAUUUCGACCGAUCCCUGAAUCAGAUGGUGACGCUGAUAAACGGUUCCGAGAAUCCUGCAGCUUCACAGCUAAUAUUUCGAGAAGGUGAACUCAAAAUCGCUGGUUGCUCUGACGGGAUAAUUUGUUUUUUCAAGUUCUGCAGCUAUUCUUGCCGUUCAAGAGUUAUGGUAUACCUAUGCAACCCGGCUUUGCGACAAUAUAGGGCACUUCCACCCGGUUAUUACUGCGGAAUAAGCUAUCCUUGGAGUACUAUUCUGUGCUUUCUCUUUGACCCUGUGAGUGAUGACUAUAAAGUCGUGAAAAUUAUGGACAUGCACCGUUCUGAGUUCCUGGUUGAGAUAUAUAGUCUAAGUAACGAUUCUUGGAAAACAUUUAGUGUACGAAAUCCUUCUCAUAGUCCCCACCAUCUUUUCAGAGGCCCAUUGGUGGUUCAUAACGGGUUUCCUUACUGGUUGGUUUGGAACUCGGUUUCUGCAGUUUUAAAUGUGUUUGACAUGGUCCAAGAAAAAAUUGAAGAAAUCCCGAUUCCAGCUGAUACUGUCGAAUGUCUACUGGAUAUAGAUCUAGGAGUAUUCCAAGGAUCACUGUCUAUAUUCAGCACGAAUUCCUCGAGUCAGAAUGUGGUGUGGGUGAUGAAAAAAGACAGGCUAGGGAUCUCCUGGAUGAAGCAAGUAAUUGUACUUCCUCCUGUGAGUUACAUUAAGCCGCUAUCCAAUGUAACUACAGGAGUCACAGCCUCCGGGAAGAGCUUGCUAGUUUCUGAUCAAGGUGUUGUAUUUCAUUCUGACCCAGAGGAUCAAAAAGUUGAAGAUCAGAAUGGGGUGGUUUUGGAACGUGUACAUUUUAACAGGUACGUUGUAGCAGAUUAUGUUGCGAGCUUAGCUUCGGUUAUCCCUCCGGAGAUACUGAAGCAAAAGUUCUCCAAGGACAGACUCUAUAUACAGGAAGAGAAUGCUGAAGUAAAAGUUCCCCAAGGACAGGUUUCAUGA